AUGCCUGUUUCUCAUUCGGAUUCUCCAGCUGGUUUCGUCAGCUCUGCCUUUGGCGGGCCUGCGAGCCAUGAUAAUUCGCGCCCUCUGUAUAUUGACGCGGAUCGGCCUGAUCGUGCAAUUCAAGCCGGCGGAUUAAGACGUUUUGUGCGGUCCCUGGUGGCUGGGUUCACGGCAUACGGCAUCCGACCGGGCGACGGUGUGCAGCUCAUGAAUCUGAACGUUAUACAUCCGGCGAUCUUCUUCGGCAUCAUUGGUGCCGGAGGCGUGUACAUGUGCUGCAAGGCUUCCACCUCCAGCUAUGAGAUGGGACAUCUUAUCCAGCUUGUGUUCCCGCGCCUGAUCCAGACUCAUUUCGAUGCGUUGCCUGUCGUCCUGCCCGUAUCUGCUGACCACAGACCUGCUCCCCUUGACCAUCUUCUGGCGUUUGGUAAAGACGAUUGGGCCUGGUUGAAUGGUCUCGAUGCCCAACGGCCGCCGGCUACCAUGUUCAUGGCCAGCGGCACAAGCGGACUGCCCGAAGUAGCCGUGCGACGGAAUUACGCGCUCAUAUCUCAGUAUCGCGGGGUGUACUACGAACCGCCCUUCCACGUCACUCGGCUGGCCGUUCUGCCGCUGCACCAUCUUCUGGCUGAUUUUUGGACGAGUAUUUUCCCCAUCCGCUACAGCCAUCCCGUCUGUAUCAUGAGGCGCUUUGACGCGGCAGGAUUACAAAAUGCAAGGCGAUUCAGUAUUACUGAGACCUACUUGGUGCCAACAAUGGUUCAGGUUCUCACCCAAUGCUCCCUCUCUGUGGGUGCGCAGCUGGCCACCCUCCGCUACGUAGGUGUAGCCGGUGGCCCCCAGACGAGGACAUCCUGCAACAAUUUCAAACUUUCCCCCUCCAAAAGCCUACGUCACACAGUGAUACGGCAUGACUGA